AGGUGUGCUCUGCGCCUGCGUACUACUAGUCUGUGUGGCACUUUUCCUGUGACGCGACGAGCUUAGUGCCAAAAAGGAAAAGGGCAUCCUUCAGAGAAAUCCGCAACCGAAAAAGGGAAAUAAAACAGUCUAAAUUAGUAUCAACUUCCUUAAGUCAAGCGCAUUUCCCCUGUAUAGGGCUGAUCGUAGUGGACAUGGAUGCCCCUCUUUCUAUUUAACCAGCCCUGCCUGCCCUCUAUCACACUGCCCCGCCUGAAUGAAUGGAGAUGAGACAUUGCGGACUCAUCAGCAGCAUUGCUUAGCAUGAACAUCCACACACUGGGUGACUCUCUGGGCCCUAGCCUAGUGGUGCGUAUGAGCGGAGCCACCGGUGGCUGGAGCAGUCUCUCUCUGAAGCCAGUGCCUACCGGGUGGAUCCCCUCUGUGUUCCAAACCAUGGUCCCUACGGGAUACACCAAGCUCCAGGAGGAGCGUGGUCUGGCCAUGGCCGACCUGGGGCCCAAACCUGAUGGGAACGGCUACCGGCCUGACCCCCCUCACCUGGAGGUGCGCCGGCACUCGGACCGGGUAGCGCGGACAUCCGUUACCCUGUCAGACGGUGGGGAUAUGCGGUACUCUGAGACUGAGCCCAUGCUUCCUGAGGGGACACUCUCAGGGGAGGAGGGUGAUGACGAGGAGAAGGAGGAAGAGGAGAGUCAGAGGCCCCCCACACGGAAUAUGCCCAAGGAGUCGCCUCUGGCCAUGGCACUGCAGAUCGUGGUGCCUUUCCUGCUGGCUGGGUUCGGCACGGUGUCGGCAGGGAUGGUGCUGGACAUAGUACAGCACUGGGAUGCCUUUAAGUACAUUACAGAGAUUUUCAUCCUGGUUCCGGCUCUGCUGGGCCUGAAGGGCAACCUGGAGAUGACCCUCGCAUCCAGACUAUCCACUGCGGUGAAUGUGGGGAAGAUGGACUCUCCCAUAGAGAAGUGGAAUCUGAUCAUAGGAAACCUGGCGCUAAAACAGGUACAGGCUACAGUAGUAGGCUUCCUGGCAGCAGUGGCGGCAGUGGUUCUGGGUUGGAUCCCAGAGGGGAAGUUCCAGAUGAGUCAUGCCGUUCUGCUCUGCUCUGCCAGCGUGGCCACUGCCUUCAUAGCCUCUAUGCUGCAGGGCUUCAUCAUGGUGGGAGUGAUCGUGGGCUCCAAGAAGACGGGCAUCAACCCCGACAACGUGGCUACGCCCAUCGCCGCCAGCUUCGGUGACCUCAUCACCCUGGCCAUCCUGGCCUGGAUCAGCCAGGGACUCUACAACUGCCUGGACUCUCACCCGUACGCGUCGUCCCUGGUGUGUGCCUUCUUCCUGUCUCUGACUCCCGUGUGGAUGGUGAUCUCCUCCAAACACCCGGCCAGCCGCACCCUGCUCUACUCCGGCUGGGAGCCUGUCAUCACUGCCAUGGUCAUCAGCAGUAUCGGAGGUCUCAUCUUGGACAAAACAGUGUCUGACCCGAACCUGGCUGGCAUAGUGGUGUACACCCCUGUCAUUAAUGGUAUUGGGGGGAACCUGGUAGCCAUCCAGUCUAGCCGUAUCUCCACUCACCUGCACUUCCACAGUGCUCCUGGGGAGGUACCAGAGGAAGCCAAGGGCUGCUACUACCCCUGCCGCACCUUCUGUGGCACAGGAGCCAAUCACCGUUCGGCCCAGGUGCUGCUCCUAUUGGUGCUCCCGGGUCACCUGAUCUUCCUGUACACCAUCCACCUGAUGAAGAGCGGCCACACCACCCUGACGCCUAUCUUCAUGACUGUCUACCUGGCUGCCGCCCUCUUACAGAUAUGACCACCUCCAGCAGUCUCCUGUCUGAAGAGCAGUUCCUGUGCUCUGUCUGUCUGGAUGUGUUCACUGAGCCAGUCUCUAUUCCAUGUGGACACAACUACUGCAAGGCCUGUAUCAGUGGAUACUGGGAUACCAGUGACAUGUGCCAGUGUCCAUUAUGUAAGGAGAUUUUCUACAGAGAACCUGCGCUUCGUGUCAACACAACGUUCAGAGAGAUUGUGGAGAAUUUUAAGGAGAUGAGAGUCAGAGGUAAAGAUGAGUCCCCUGCCAAGCCUGGAGACGUGUCCUGUGACUUCUGCACUGAGAUGAAGCUCAAGGCCCUGAAGUCCUGUCUGGUGUGUCAGACCUCUUACUGUGAGACUCACCUGGAGCCUCAUCAGAGAGUCCCAGCCUUAAAGAGACACAAGCUGAUCAACCCUGUGGAGAACCUGGAAGACAGGAUGUGUAAGAAGCACGACAGACCUCUAGAGCUGUUCUGUAGGAGUGACCAGACUUGUGUGUGUCAAUUCUGUACUGAGACAGACCACAAGACUCAUGACACUGUCCCUCUAGAGGAAGCGUAUGGAGAGAGGAAGGUUGAACUGGGGAAGACUGAGACAGAAGUGCAGCAGAUGAUCCAGGAGAGACUGAAGAAGGUUCAGGAGAUCAAACAUUCAGUAGAUCUGAGUCAGAAAGAUGCAGAGAGGGAGAUAUCAGACAGUGUACAGGUCUUCACUGCUCUGGUUCGCUCCAUUGAGAGAAGCCAGACUGAGCUCAUUGAGGUGAUUGAGGAGAAGCAGAAAGCAGCAGAGAGGCAGGCUGAAGGGCUCAUUAAAGACCUGGAGCAGGAAAUCACUGAGCUAAAGAGGAGAAGCACUGAGCUGGAGCAGCUCUCACACACUGAGGACCACCUCCACCUCCUACAGAGCUGUCCAUCCCUCUGCACCCCUCCACCCACCAAGGACUGGUCUAGAAUCAGUGUUCACAGUGAUAUGUGUGUGGGGACUGUGAGGAGAGCUGUGUCUCAAUUGGAGGAGACAAUUUUAAGUGAAGUGAAGAUGUUGUGUGAUGCUGAGUUGAAGAAGAUUCAGCAGUAUGCAGUAGAUGUGACUCUGGACCCUGAUACAGCACAUAAUGGUCUCAUCAUGUCUGAGGAUGGGAAAAGGGUGAAACAUGGAGAUCGAAAACAACAUCUCCCAGACUACCCAGAGAGGUUCAAUUAUUUUGUCUGUGUAUUGGGAAAGGAGGACUUGUCCUCAGGUAGAUUUUACUAUGAGGUGAUGGUUAAGGGAAAGACUAAGUGGGAUUUAGGAGUGGUCAGAGAGUCCAUCAACAGGAAGGGGGAUAUCUCAGUGAGCGCUGGGAAUGGAUGCUGGACUCUGUGCCUGAGGAAUGGAGAAUACAACGUUCGUGCUAAAGCCAGUGUCCUGCUUUCCCUGAGAGAGAAGCCCCAGAAGGUGGGGGUGUUUGUGGAUUAUGAGGAGGGUCAGGUCUCCUUUUAUGAUGUGGAGGCCAGGUCUCAUAUCUACUCUUUCACUGGCUGCACCUUCACUGAGAAACUAUAUCCAUUCUUCAAUCCAUGUCUUAAUGAUGGUGGUAAAAACUCUGCCCCUCUGAUCAUCUCUCCUGUCAAUGACGGACUGAGUUUAUCCUUAAAGCAUAGUUGAUGGGCAUUCUUUGGAGACUGCAGUGUCAUAUGAAUGUCACAAAUGGUUGUCUAUGUCCUUAUACUCCUUAAUGAUAUCUAGUCUCUCUCAUUGUUAUGAAAAAUCAAAGCAGUAAACAUAUCCCCACUCCUAAAAAGUUGUAAUAAAUAAUUCCCUAAUAAAAUGCUUAUAGAAGA